UUCUGGUUGCCAGGGAGACGCAACCACUCGCCCGUUCGUUCGACUGUUGUUGGUGAAAAAAAGUUGAAUUUUUAUUGUGUGUCAUUUUGUUUUAACUUAAAAUGGAUGACACUGGAAGUUUAGAAGUCAGGUGGGCACAAGGUUUUACAAACAAGAGUAUCGAGUUUGUCGACAAUAAAACGGUAUGUUAUCCAUGCGGGAACCACGUCUGUUUCCUGAACCUGGAGACAAAAACGCGGAGUGUGCUUCAGAGUCCUGGCAGAGGCGUUGGUGUAUUGACAGCCAAUGGCAAUAAUGGGAUUUUUGCUUUCUCUGAGCAAAAGCUAUCACCAUCUAUAUUUGUGUACAUUUUCCCUGAGUCUCAGUUGAAGAAUGAAUUAACAGGACAAGCACAACUGGACUACACAUCUCUGACAUUAAGUGAUGGUGGUCCUUAUUUGGGCAGCUGUUCCUCUCUUCCAGACCACACCAUAACAGUGUGGGACUGGGAAAAAGCUGUGCCUAUUUGUACACAACCACAAGCUGGGCACGAUGUCAUUUCUUUGGUGUUCAACCCUCUGAAUUGGCUCCAGCUUUGUGCUUUGGGCACUAAAUCCCUCACUGUCUGGAAUAUUGAGAAGAGUGCCACACUGAAUGUCCUGAAACCAAGUGUGAUAGAGCUUCCAGCGACUGAUGGUUCCUUUGUUGAGAAAUUGGUGCCCACCUCUCAUACUGUCAGCGACAAACUGCCCUAUUUCGGUCCAGAGAUGGCUCCAUCAGCCAUAUGUGGGUUCAUGGGAGAAAGGACAGAGAGCAUUGUGACUAAACUCUGCACCAAAGCCAGACUGACUCCUACUGCCAUCUGCUGGACGGCCACAUCAGAACUUUAUGUGGGCUGUGCAGAAGGUUUCCUGCUUCUUGUUGACCCUGAGAACGUCUCUGUCACAGUCCUCUUCAACCCCACAACUGCUGAUGCGGUCCCUGAACUCAGAGAGAGCAACUUUAAAGGUUUAACCCUUAACAACAAUGGUUUGGUCGCUGUAGGAAAGGAGAGCGUGGUGCACUGUCUGCAAAUCAAAGGGACUCAGAUUGACAUAAAAAAAACAUGGCAAUUAGAAGGACCUGUCACAACUGUGAUGUACUCCCCUGACUAUGAAACCUUACUUUUAUCUUCUAAUACAGGGCAAAUCUAUAUGUUGAACCCAAACCAGUCAGACAAGAUUGAGACGGUCCUGGACGUUCCCAGUGGCAACUUUGUGGCAGCAGCUUUUUCACACACUGAGAAGAACAUUUGUGUGUCAGUGAGGGAUUCGGGAGAACUGCAGCUGUGGACCGCAGAUGGCAUUAACCUCGGCUCCCUGUCUCUUCAAACUGAGGUGACGAGUCUGGCCUGCUGUCCUGUUGCACAAUAUGCAGCUGUUGGUACAGCUUCAGGAAAUGUCCUCUUCGUUGACCUGUACAGGGAGCAGCAGCCUCGCCUGGUUCACCAGGUUCAUCUCUACCACUCUCCUGUGCAUCACCUAGUUUUUGAUCAAAUAGGGCACUACCUUCUCACCGGUGCCUCGGAUUCACAUAUCUAUGUACUAGAUGCAAAGCCAUCAAAGAGGUUUUCAGUCAUAGGAUACACAGCUGUUCCUGGACCCGUUUUGUCACUUUCCACUCAGUGCAUGAGGAACAGUAAGCAGGUGAAAGUUCUCGCCCUGUGCACGGGUCAGGAGGGCAAAAACCAUGAUGGUAACCUGCUCACAGUGCUCUCUCUGCCUGUGAGGGACCUUACAGGUCCAGAUUGUGUAGACCGACAUGGUUGUCUGUCUACUCACAUCCUCAAAGUGUCCAGAUACAAAGUGCCUCAUCCACUUAAGUCCUGUGUUCUGGGAGUCAGUGAGGUCUUUGCUUACUGCCACAAGAAGAAAACUCUUCAGCGAUUUCAGCUUCCUCAGGACACAGAUGGUGUCUCCAGUCAACAGGUGGUCCAGCUGAAACCAGAGCAGGAAGUGAGGGGUCAUCCUCUGGGCCCUGCCUCUCUCAUUCUGUCUCCUCACCAGCUGUGGCUGGCUUCUGUGGGCCGAGAUGGCCUACUACGCCUCCGAGAAACUGCUUCCAUGGAGCGGUACAUUGAGCUGCAGUGUCAUUCAUGCCGGGGUGGCGGAGUUCGGAGUGUGGCGUUCACUGCUGACAGUCAGACACUCCUCACUGCUGGCGUUACAGAUGGCUCCCUUGUGUGUACUACUCUCAGAAUGAAAGGUUUGGCUUCUGGCAAGGUGAAUGAAGCGACUCACUAUAGCCAGUCUAUGUUUCACUUCUUGAUGCCCACAUUCAAAAAGGAGAAUAUGGUCCUCAUCGGCUUGUCUGAGUGGGGCCAGGGGUCUCCCACUGCCACUGAAAAAACAGAGGAAAGUCAGGCCAGUGCUGCGGCAGAGACUGUGGAUGUGACAGAGCAGGACGAGAGUUAUAACAGCUUGCUGUCUGCUCCACCUUCACACGCCACCUGGCUGGAAAGCAGGCGAGAGGCGGCUAUAAAAGAAGAAAAUGAGCAAUAUUCUGCGACAAAGAAAAACUUGAAGAAAACCAUCAAAGAGUUACGUGACACUAUCCAGGACAUGAUGCGUGAAAAUGAGAACCUCCCAGAUAUUGAGCGUCUGGAGCAACAGGAGUUCAACCUGGAUGUUGAGGAGCAGAGGAGAUUGGAGGACAUGGUGGAACAGGAAGUUACCCGGGUGAGAAAUGAAAUCGAGGUGGAGAUUUUAGCAAAAUGUUACCUCCGUGAUGUCCUGAAGAGAGAAUGCUGGGAUUCUAUGAAGGUCAAAGGCAAGGCCAUUAAGGCCUUUCACUCCGAACACGAGGUGAAGAACUACCCUCUGAAAGAACGAACCGAGAAAGAGGUGGAAGACCUUCGCAGGGUUCAGAAUAUGAGGAAGUUUGAAAUGGCUGCCUGCACCCAGAGCAACCUAAAGAAAAGGUCAGACACAACCAGUGCGAAGGAGGAAGCGCAGGAGGAUGAAGACCGUAAGUCAGGGAGUGCUGCUGUAACAGGAAGUUUCUCCACUCAGUUAGGAUAUUCAAGUCCUUACAUCUACGAUCAGUUCAGCCUGCAAACCACAGAACAGAGGAUCAACCAGAUAAUUCUGCUGCAGGAUGUGAUUCAUUGCAUCAAGUCAGCUUUCAACGCUGACUUUGAGGCCGUGCACAGGCAGAAGUUGCAGGAGCUCAACCGUGUGAGGGAGAGGAACAGACACAUCAGGGGGAUCAAGCUGGAGCUGGACCUGAAUGACAGUCUGUGGGAGCCCAGCCUGACCACCAACGAGCAGCCAGAGAGGCUUCUGACCGUGGACGAUUCUGAGAUAAAAGCUGAAAAGUACCUUACCCCAGAACAGAAAGAGGAGGAGGAGAAGAAGAAGUUGGAAGAGCAGAGACAUUUGGCUGCCAAGAGUGAUUCCUUCAGAGACAGGGCUCUUGGUGACAUGAUGGAUGGAGUGCUUGAAGUGAAAAAAGAGGACAUCUUGAAAAUGGAAAUACCUCCGCCUGAGUUUGUUUUGACCAAACCUGGCAUCAACUGGAGUGAGGAGGAGAAAAAAGUCUAUAAAGAGUAUGAAAAGAAAUCCAAAGACCUGAACGAGGAGAAGGAGAGACACAAAAAGACACUGGAAACAGAAAUGAAAAAACUGCUGGCAGCCACCAAAGAUGCAACUGUAAAGGUUGAUGAGACUUUGACAAAGCUGUUUGAAAAGAAAGUGAAAUGUGAAAUGACUAUAUAUCAGGAAGAGCUCAAGAUUACUUAUCUCAUCUAUUCAGUCCUCCUAGAAGAGGAGAUGAGAAACCGAGAGCUGGAGCUCAAGUUCAAACUUGAAGAAACUGUGGCACACAAGGAUGAAAUCGCGGAGGAGAUGAAGAGACACGAAGAAGAAGUAGAAUUAUUUUAUGAAACCUAUGAUAGAGUUGUAGCUGAGGACAAAGCUCUUGACAAAGAAUUCAGGAAGGAGUUCUUUGAUAUACCAACUCAUGUGGUUGAUCAACUAUAUAAGUUAUUCAAGCGCAGACCCAGGGUUCAAAAGAUGAGGACCCAGACUGACAACAACUCCAAUCCGUUGAAAGAGCAGCGCCUGUGCGGUUCUCUGGCUCCCGAUUCGCUCAGCAAAAUGCUGCAGGCCAUGGAGGAGCUGGAUGCUCCGGAGAAUAUGCCAGAAGGCUUGAACCCAUCGAUCUGGGAGAGGUUUUGUGUUGUUCGCAGAACAAAAGUAGAGAGUGAGCAAAAGGUAAAAGUAAAAGCUUUGACUCUUGCUGAGAUACAGGCGUUUGUGCAGAGGAGGAGAGAUGAGGAAAAGGCUGCUCAACAGGAAAUUAAAAAUAUCUCUGAUGAACUUGAGAGUCUGUAUACGGAGAAGAGCCAUUUCCUGACUGACCUCAUGGUCCAGGUCAUACUCAAACAGGGCCAAGUGGAGCUGUCGACCACAGACCUGACUGCUGACUACACUGACUCUGUACUUACCCACAGGAGCGUGGUGGAGGACUUCAACAGAACCAUCAGGACGCUUGGAGAGCAGAAAAUAGCCUCCAUGGUGGAGUGCAAAGACUUUCGCAAGGGCAUCAUCCAGCUGCAGUGGGAGCACAAGAUGAUGGGGAUGCAGAUAGAGGACCUCAACAGCAAGGCGAGGGACAUCCAGAUGUUACGACUCACUGAGGACCAACAAGAUUAUCUCAACAAGACAGAUCGAGACAGUCGGGUGUCCAAGCAAGUUUCCAUCCUGGAGAAAACCAUAGCCUUCCAGGAAAAGACUCAUCAACAGAGCGUGCAGCACCGCAUUAAAAAGAUCGAAAAGCUGAACAGGCAGGCAGCGAGGAAAGCGAAGAAGAACACGGCUGUAGAACAGCAGCUACCGGAUGUGCAGGUGACUGUGGCAGAGAGGAGACACGUCUGUGAAGCUAUAGAUGCAGAGGGAAACCAGGCGGUUCUAAAAGAGGAGCGCUACCAGGAAAUCCUUCAGAAGAGGAACUUGGAGGACCUUUCCAGAGCACAGGCAGAGGAUCUGGCUUUCCUCUGGGCAGAAGUUGAGCGCCUGAGGAUGAAGAACUUUCCUUUACUUAAUCAGUUGAACCACUACUGAGCAAAGGCUUCUCAACAGAUAACCCCAUUUUAUUUACUUUUCUCUUUUAACAUGAAAUUUACAACUUAAGCUGUGAACAAAAAUGGUAUAGCAGCAACAAAUAAAACAACAAG